ACCGCCGCCGCCACCGCCGGAGAUUCCGCACCGUCCCGGGGGAGGAUUUUAUUCUUUCUCGCUCGCCGGCUAAGCAUGGAUUUUCUCAAUCACAACUACUUGAGCGCCAGGGGGCCCUACGACUACACUUUUAAUUUCUGGAACGAUUACUUGGGCCUGACCACGCUGGUCACCAAGAACCCCAAGAUGGGCAUGCCCCACAUGAGCCCCAACUCCAUCACCGAAUCCCUGAAGGCCACGCUGGGCCUGGACGACCCGCGCGAGUGCGCGUGCGCCUGCGAGGGCGCAGCGCCGGAGGGGGGCGGCGGCUGCUGCUGCUGCUGCUCCUCCUGCUGCUGCUGCCUGGGGUGCCCGCCCGGCACCCCCCCGCCGCCGGGCUGCGUCGCCGAGCUCAAGGAGCGCUUCUCCAUCCUCGACCCCUUCCAGAGCCGGCAGCCCCCGGAGCGGGAGGCGCACGGGUGCUUCCCCGGCUUCGAGCGCGCCAGGACCCGCGGCAAGCCGGCGUCCGUGCGGGCCAAGCUGGAGCCCAAAAUCUGCGUGUUCUGCCGGAACAACGGCGCGCCCGAGGAGGUGUACGGCUCGCACGUCCUCAAGACGCCCGACGGCCGGGUCUUGUGCCCCAUCCUGCGGGCGUACACCUGCCCGCUGUGCAGCGCCAACGGGGACAACGCGCACACCAUCAAGUACUGCCCGCUGUCCAAGGAGCAGCCCCCGCAGAGGCCGCUGAAGGGGGGCCGGGCUGUGGGGGGUAAGCGGAUGAAAAUAUUCUAAAAAAAAAAAAACAGACUUUCAAGUAUGAUGAAGAAUUUGCACUGAACAAUUUGCAGAUGACUGACCGUUUUAUUUAGAAUUUUAUCUCAAUACACAUGAUAACUGUUCACGGGGUGUCCAAAACAUAAAAAAUAAAUACAAACAUUUAAAAUAAUCACAUUUAGACCAACACAAUG